AUGUGGAGAAUAUUUCUUUUAAUCUUUAAUCUUGUCUCUGCAACUAAUGAAUUCGAAUGCUCUCCAUCGAUUCCAACAUUAAACUCUGUUAAAAGAUGUCCCGGAAACAGAACAGAAUGGAUCCAAGCAUCGAAUAAGAAGCAUUGCGGUUUUACACACCAAAACUGUUCAUCAAAGGCGGAUUUUCAGUAUCACUGUUUGCUUGCAGCAGUUCCUGCAAAGUUUGCCGCAAGAUCGCAUUUAGCGGCAAUCAUCGAGACUUUCAGCAGACUUUCUACAGGACAUUUUUGCCCAUUUUAUAAUUCCAAGAAAGCAAGAGUUGAGAAUCACUAUAAUAUACCGUGCCAGGAUCACAGCGUUAGUUGUCCACAACAUUAUCGUUCAAAUGAAGUAUAUAAAUAUCAGGAGUGCUACUCUGGCGUCUAUGGUACGCAGAAUUCCAAUUCAAACACGAGAAAGAAUGAAAUGAAGUAA